AUGGCUUAUGGGGUAGUGCUCUUGGUGCCCCCUUUGCUGGGGCUGCUCUGCUCCCAGCUCCUGGGAACCACUGGGGACAAUAUGCAUCACUACCAGGAUGAGCAUACAGACAAUGGUAGCUGGGGACCUAAAGUAAACCAGGAUAAUGGUUCAGGAGUGUCUACUCACACACUGUUCUUUUCUGUGGAUUACCAGCAUGUGAAGAUCCCUUUUGAAAUCACACUCUGGAUUAUGCUUGCUUCUCUUGCAAAAAUAGGAUUUCACCUCUAUAAUAGGAUGCCCACAGUAGUCCCUGAAAGCUGCCUCUUGAUAUUUGUAGGUCUCAUCAUGGGAGGACUAAUUUACAUUUUAAAUGACAAUUCCCCACUAGUGAUGGAUAGUGACAUAUUUUUCCUAUACUUACUCCCACCAAUAGUCCUUGAAGCAGGAUAUUUUAUGCCCAGUCAGCCCUUCUUUGAGAACAUAGGAACGAUUCUGUUAUAUGCUAUCAUUGGAACCAUGUGGAAUGCAUUUGGAAUAGGCCUUUCUCUCUAUGGCCUAUGUCAGGUGAAAUACUUCAACCUUCAAGAUGUGUCAUUGCUCCAUAACCUUUGGUUUGGUAGUUUGAUUGCUGCUGUAGAUCCUGUGGCUGUUCUAUCUGUAUUUGAAGAAAUACAUGUGAAUGAGAAGCUUUAUAUUUUGGUAUUUGGAGAAUCUCUUCUUAAUGAUGCUGUUACUGUUGUACUAUAUAAACUCUUCAAGUCUUUCAGUGAAAUGUCGUCUGUCAAACUGGUGGAUAUUUUGGCUGCGGUAGGAAAUUUCUUUUUAGUUGGAGUAGGAGGAAUUGUCAUUGGGCUCCUGUUUGGCAUGUUUGCUGCAUUUACUACUCGCUUUACCAAGGCCAUCAGGGUCAUUGAACCACUCUUCGUCUUUUUAUAUAGUUAUCUCUCCUACCUGACUGCUGAAAUGUUCCAUCUCUCAGGAAUUGUAGCAAUUAUUACCUGUGCUAUGAGCAUGAAACGCUAUGUGGAAGCUAAUAUUUCUCAGAAGUCCCGAACUACUAUUAAAUACUUUAUGAAAAUGUGGAGCAGUGUUAGUGACACUCUUAUCUUCAUCUUCCUUGGUGUUUCUACUAUUGGAAAUAAUCAUGAAUGGAAUUGGCCUUAUAUUUGUUUCACUGUCAUAUUUUGUCUUAUCUGGAGAACAUCAGGAGUGCUUAUGCUGACUUUCUUCGUGAACAAAUGUCAUGUGAAUGCAGUCACCAGAAAAGACCAGUUUACUAUAGCCUAUGGGGGACUGAGGGGAGCAAUCUGCUUCUCCCUUGUUUUUCUGCUCCCAGAAUUUUCCAGAAAGAAGCUAUUCAUUGCAGCAACAACAGUUGUCAUUCUCUUCACUGUUUUUGUGCAGGGUGUGACUAUCCGUCCUCUUGUUGACUUACUAGAUGUGGCAAGGAGAAGGGAGACCACCCCAACUGUGAGUGAACAAAUCCUUAUGAGGUUCUUUGAUCAUUUGCUGGCUGGUAUAGAAGAUAUAUCAGGACACUGGGGACAAUAUUAUUGGAAAGACAAAUUGGAAUAUUUCAAUGGCAGAUAUCUACAGAAAAUUUUGCUCCGAGAAUAUGACCAGCCCAAAUCAAGUAUUGUGCUUCUUUAUGAAAAGCUGGAAAGAAAACAUGCCAUUGAGCUGGCAGAAACAGGCCAGUUAGUACACACGCCAUCUAGUGUAUCUUUAAUACAUAGUAAUGAAACAACAGGAUCAGUUUCAUCCCCUGUUCCUCAGAAUCAAGAUCUUAUGGCUAAUAUUCAAGACAUACUAACUGCAAACCUUUAUAAAAUCAGAAGAAUGGCUCCAGCAUACAGUAGGUACACUCUUCCAGGAGAAAUGGGAGCAGCAGAACAGGCAAAGGAAAUUCUCAUCCAUCGACAUAAGGACAUGCGACUCAGUCUUUCUCCAUAUGACUACUGUCAGCUUCAAAAGGAGAUAGGUUCUGAUACAAUAAUUGUGGAUGACUUCGAUAUUUCAAAAUUGUCUUUAGCAGAUGAUUCCAUGGCAUCUUCUGGUGUGAAAUACAGUCGCUCCAAGUCAGAAUGUUAUGUCACUUCCAUGAAGGAAAGCCAUGUGGAUUGGGUAAAUGAAGAUGAAACAGAUCAAGAUGAGAAACUCAACAAAUCUACCAGUUCUAUCAUGAAGAUUGGAAUUGCUGCUCUCAUAGCAGGAAUUAUUGGUGCUAUUGGCAUUAUUCUAUUUUUGGUAGCAUUUGGAACUGAAUAUUGGUUAUGUGUAACAGAGACCUGUGGACGUCCUGAUUCUAUCAAUGGAACUUUGGAUAUUGAAGAGUUUAUCAAAGAUUCAAAGAUGCUUUUAAAUGGAACAACGGACACAUUUUACAUGUAG